CGGAACCGCCAACCUUUCCCGGAUGAGUCGGCUUACCUUAGGCGAACCACGCAGCAACGAACCACCGGCAGUCGGGCAGCAAAGCGGCGUGGAACCGGAACAGCGGAACCACCUCGAGAUUACGGGCUACCGCUGGAUGCGUAUCGUAGGUCAGGGUUCGUUCGGUGUCGCCAUCCUCUACGAACGGCAAUCCGAUGGCCAACAGGUGGUGAUGAAGCAGGUAGCGCUGGGUGAGCUGACGGCAUCCGAACGCGAGAUGGCCAUGAACGAGGUGGACGUGUUCUCGAAGCUGCACCAUCCAAACAUUAUCGCCUAUCUGGGCUCACGGGUGCACGGUGAUCGGCUGUUUAUAGAAAUGGAGUACGCCGACGGUGGCACCCUGGCACAGAUGCUGGCUCAGCGUGCGGCCGGCGAAUCACUACCGGAACGGUUCGUGUUGAACAUCUUCGAGCAACUGGUCAGUGCCGUCGCUUAUUUGCAUUCGCAGAACAUCCUGCACCGUGAUCUGAAGACAGCGAAUGUGUUUCUCCACCGCAAGGGCACGGUGAAGGUGGGCGAUUUCGGUAUCUCCAAGAUUACCAGCACGAAAGUGCAUGCCCAGACGGUGCUCGGUACACCGUACUACUUCAGUCCGGAAAUGUGCGAAGGCAAGACCUACGAUGUAAAGAGUGAUAUCUGGGCCCUCGGCUGUAUCCUGGGAGAGAUGUGUUGCCUGAAGAAGGCAUUCACUGCGGCCAAUCUAUCGGAAUUGGUUUCAAAAAUCAUGAUCGCCGAAUAUGUUCCCCUGCCCGAUAGCUACUCUCAAUCGUUGCGCCAAGUUCACGCGUUGCUUUUUAGAAUUGAUCCGAUAGCGAGACCCUCGGCUACGGAGAUACUGCAGCAUUGGUUGCCAAUCGUUUAUCGUAAUUUGGAUUCCAUCGAACACAGACCUCUACCAACAGCGAGUGAUAGUAACGAUAAGUAUGCUCCAACGAAGGCAUCAUCAACUCCGACCAUCUCCCGACAACGGACAGUACUCUAUCAGCUCCACUCGUUCGGCCAAUCCUCAUCGUUGGCCCCAUUACCUCUACCAUCAACACUCAAAAUCAGGCAGAUUGCGACUCGUGGCCAUCACUUUGUCGCCGUAAUGGAAGAAGGCACCGUGUACAGUUGGGGAGAAGGUGACAAAGGGCAGCUGGGACAUGAUGCGCUCGAAUCCUGGCACCACAUUCCGAUGCGGAUCGAAGCGGUGCGACAGCAUACUGUAAUCGGAGCGGCCGUUGGUCAAGGCUUCACGGUGCUGUGGACGCAAACAGGAGCCUUGCUUAGCUGUGGUGACAAUAGUCUCGGUUGCCUAGGUCACGGUAACACAACGUCACUGCUGGUACCACAGCAAAUAGUGAAGCUGGAACGCUCGGCGAUCGUGCAGGUAUCCUGCGGUACCACACAUGUCCUAGCCCUUACCGAAGCCGGUAUCGUGUACAGUUGGGGAACGAGCAGCAGCGGAGCCCUAGCACUGGGCAAACGACUCCACACGGCCCUCGAACCGGAACGUGUCCUGCUACCACAGACGGUGCAGAACGUGCGCGAGCUUCACGCUGGUCCGGACUGUACGAUUCUGAUAACGCGCGAAGGCGAUUGCUAUUGCUGUGGCAGCAAUGCCGGUAAUCGGUUGGGCCUUGGCCGGAAGGUUCCCGAGACGGCGACACUGAGCAAGAUCUGCAUUGCCCGGGGGCGUCCCAAGAUACUGGCCGUCAGUGUGGCCGAGACGCAUGCCGCGUUUCUGGUCGAAGGAGGCUACCUUGUAACACUCGGUGAUAAUCGGUACGGUCAGCGUGGAGUAGAACAUCGGAGCGAACUGCUGCAGUCCACGAUUGUCCGUCAGCUAGAGUCGCGUUAUAUCGUGAGUGUACAAUGUAGCGAAACGUACACGGUUGCCAUUACGGAGGACAAUUGCGUAGUGCUCUGGGGAACACGCAUGGGCACACCGGACACAGCUGCUGAUGGUGCAAACAUUGGCAACAGCCUUCGCACCGGUCACACCAGGUUGAAGCAGCAACACGACGAAGAAUGUCUGGCAGGCUAUGCAAACAGUACGGCGGCGCUAACGGAGAUCCUCACGACCAUCUACAAACAGGAGACAAUCUUCACACCCUCGGAUGUUUUAGCGGUGUACUCGUCCAAGGAACAGCAACAUUUGGGCUCGUACGUGAAGCUACUCGAGGUCCAUCCACUACAGCAUAGUUUACUGGUACUAAUCGAAACGAAUAGUCCCAUGGUGUAG